AUUCUGCAACAGUUUCCCGAGGAAUUGCGGGGUGACAUUGCGCUGCACUUGAACCGAGAGAUGCUGUCUCUUACCAUAUUUACGGCAGCAAGUCCCGGUUGUCGGAAAAGUCUAGCUCAGCUUAUUCAAACCUGCUUUGCUACACCUGGAGAAAAUCUUGUACACCGCGGUGACGUAAUCAAAUACAUCUACUUCGUGUGCAGUGGUUCCUUGGAGAUUUUAGAUGAAGAAGGAACUGUUGUGGCUCUUUUGGGUAGGUCUCCCGACAAAAUUCUACAAAAUAUUGGUUUGACCUCAGCUUUCUUCUGUCUGACAAAGAAGUCUUACGAGGGCCUGACCGGUCUUAAGAAUUGCAGUUUACAUUAUUAA